AUGUCUGAGACGUCUAUAAUUCCCGCGCCACCGGGCGUUGACGUCAACUUUGACCAUCCUCGGCAGCAGAAGGUUUUGGAGCACUACCUUAUCUUCGGCAUUGGCGGGACUAUCGCCUUUAUCGCCUUAUGCCAGAGGUUUUAUACCAAAAUAUUUCUAUCGAAAGGUUUACAGAUUGAUGAUGCGUUCAUGUUGCUCGGAUGGGCUGCAUCUAUGGUUACGCAAGGAAUGCUGGUUGGUUUGUGA